CCACUUGUAGCAACCAUCGCCUCCAUGGACAUGAGGCUUCUGCUGAGAGAUGAUGUUUUUGUCGACUUUUUCAACACAUUUCUGAACCUUCCUGUUUUUGGCCAGACACCCAUUUACAUCAGCAGUACAGGCCAGUGGAACCUCUGGCCAGAGCUGCCAAGCCAUCUGAAUCCCAGCCCCCCGGCUUUACUGGCUUGGCUGGAAAAGCACCGGCUGCCUCACUUCUGCAAAUCCAGCCUUUGCCUCCACCUCGUCCUCUGCCAGAAGCUUCUGGGUUUCGUUCGGUCGGGGGAAGCAGCAAAACUGCUGAACUGGCAAAGCGCUGACUGGUGGCUACUGGAAAAGUGCAUCAGUGGGAGCCAGGCCAUGUGGCACUUUCGGGCCUUCAUCCGAGGAAUGGCAGGCGAAGAACUGACCAACUUCUGGCUCACCACUGAAAGGCUCCUGGGGAUGGAUGAGUCAGAUGAAAGGCAGAGGGAUCUCUAUCUGUCCUUGCUCCACAGGCUGAAAGCCACUCACCUGCGUGAAGGCUCCAGUGUCAUCACUCUCUGCAGGACCAUCACUGGACCACUGCUGAAAGCCAGGCACAUUCAGUCCAUCAGCACCAGGAGAGAGAUCCUAAGCAAGAUGCAGGAACAGGCCCUUUUUACAAUUCAGAGUUACUGGCUCCCUAAAUUCUUCAUCCACUGCAAGAUGGGCAUGAAGGAAGAGAAAUUGUGCUGGCCUUUGCUGCAGGAAUAUCAGGAGCGUUUAUUAUGGGCCAAAUCAGAGGAGCCCUCAGGCUUUUCAGAAAAUCUCUUCACGAUGCAUAUUAAAAGGAGGCAGGGUUUGUCAGGGCCCUACUGCAGCAAGAAGGCCAAAGUGGAGAUCUGGGCUCUAGUCAGGGAAGUAAGAGACAUCCAAGAAAUGAAGAUGCCCAGUUUUCAGGUGCAACCAGAAAGGCAACCAGGACCAGCUGGGAGCACAAAGGAAUAUACUCUGGAUAAGAAUGCUUUGGAAUCAAUUCCACAGCAGUCAGAGCACCCUGCAGACCCUGCCUUUGGAGGCAAAGGAGGAGCAACCUGUCACGAACGACCCAGACCUAACGGAGAGCAGGUUCAUCACCUGAAAGACCUCUCUAAAGAGAAAGUCCUCUCUAACCUGUGUUCCUCUGCACCCGUUGCCCAGCUGCCAUCCCUGGAAAAGCCAGUGAAGACCUUGGGUCUUCUUCCUUGGGCCCUUAGCGCUGAGACCUGUGCAGGACGGCCCUUCAGGGAUUUCUUGAAAUGCCAGGACCGGCCCAUGGAGACUCUUCUCCUGGACCUGUGGCAUGACCUGGAGGAAUUUCUGUCUGCGGUGCUGGACCCCAGCAGAGAAAAUAGUUUCUUCCUGCGUCAUUUGACUGGGGAGAAGAUAUGCAAGACCUACCUGGAGGAGGGCACCAUUCAGCAGCUUCCCUUGGAAACCAGGACCCUCAGGAAGUUGCGGAACCAUCUGAUGUCUGGAGAAUUCUCCCCCUGGAUAUUCAGAGCCCAGGAGGAGAUUUGCAAGGUGCUCUACGGCUUCUACGAGGAAUUUCUGGCUGAUGAUGACAGAACGUUCCUUCAGUUUAUGUCUCUGCAGAGCAAUGUCCCGAUGCCCGAGAUGCAAGACCAUACUGUUGGGAAAGAAGAACGUUUCCUCCUGUCCCAGCGGAUAAACCAGUCCUUGAAACUGAGCCAGGCCUUGCAUGGCACAAGGAAUUUGGAAGGUCUCUCCUCCAAGCACUGGCAAUUAAUUGCCACUCGGGACCUCCAGAAUGGGGGCUCCAUCCAGGCAGAGGUGGAACCUCUCCUGUGCAAUACCAAAGGAAUGAUUCCCCUUUCUCUAUCUGAUGCAGACUCCCAGAAGAUGAUGUCAAAUAAGCUGGCUGUUCAGAAACCUUCACUGACUUUGGAUAGCCUAAGCAAGGAAAAUGACCAGGGAAAGUGUGAAGGCUUCUCUGAAGCAGAUGCUGAGGAGGUCAAAACAUGCAAGGUGAAGAGUUCCCACAACACCCAGUGUCUCCUGCACUGGGUUCACCAUGCAGACAACAGCAUGGUGGCUCAGGGGUCCUUUGCCCUGUGGCCAGUUAGGCACUUAAUGAAAAUACUGCACAAGCCUGACCACUUGCAGUUCUUCAAGCAGUUCCUUGAGGAGCACAACACAGAUAAGCUACUGCAUUUCUGGAUGGCUGUAGAGAAGCUAGCAGAGACCAACCCAGAGAUGAAGAGCUUCAAUAUUAACAGCAUUGUCAGAAAUUACUUUCAUGCUGAAACCCCAGCAGAAGAGGAGCUGAACUGCCACACUUCUACCACCAAAGAAAUAAAUGAGGCUGAAGCAGUCAGCCCCCACACGUUGAUGACAGCACAGAUCUUUGUCCAGAAAACAAUGGUAAAACAAUGUUCUGCCCUCAUCAUGCAUCUGGCUGCCAGCAACAUACAGUCAGAAAAGGAAGUUACUUUUCUCAAAAGGAAAGUCACCAUCAUCAGCAAACUCUUCUUGAACUCUGACAUUCUGCCCAAAUUGUGGGUAAACAUCUCUGAAGAGAGAGAUUUUGUCUGGAAUUUACCUUCCAAGGAGCUACCAAACUCUGUCAUCUACCACAGAACUAAGGUCAUCAUCUUCCCUGUCCUGAUACACUCCUGGAGAAGUACUGCUUCAUCUCCCUCACCAGGCAAUCAUGCCAUCAUUGUCUUAUCAUUCACACAAGGCAUCCAGAUCCUGCUGCCACAACCCCAGAUGACAAUGGAACAACAGAAGGAGCAAAAAAGUGCUGAAAGGAGUGUUCCUGCUCUCAAGUGGAGCUCCAGCUGCCCAGGACCAGAGCUGGGGUUUAGGGCUUCCUGCACUGGUCCAUGA